AUGGCACGUGGACAUCAAAAAAUCCAAGCUCAACAAAAAAACCAAAAGAAGGCAGAAGCUGCGAAAAAAGGAAGUGUUGAUCCAAAAGCAGCUGCAAUGAAGGUUGGUUAUUUAACUGUUUACUAAAAUUAUAUUUAAUUGAACUAAUUGUUUCAGGCUCUCAAACAUCAAUGCACCGUAUGUAUGGCAAUGAUGCCCGAUCCAAAAACUUACAAACAACAUUUCGAAAGCAGACAUCCAAAAAGUCCUCUUCCAGCUGAAUUAGUCGAAGUUCAAGCCUAA